AUGGAAGCCCUCUCACGACGCGAAGAGGAGGAAGUCGAGGUCCAGGUCAAGAAGUCCGCCCUGAUUGCGUGCGACGAACUUGUGCGGGACUUCGCGGACUGCGCGCGCGGACGGACAGUCACUAUGCCUUUCAUGUGCGGGUCGCAGCAUAAGGCGAUGAACGCUUGUAUCAAGGUCCACAUGACCGAGGAGCGCCUCGACGCUGCCAAGCUCGACUACAUCGCGAACCGCUCCGAACGCGGGCGUCAGGCCGUCGAGAAGCUCUUCCAGGAGCGCCAGGAGAAGCUCCUCCGCAUGUCGGGACGAAAGGAAAACAACCCCAACUUCCCCCACACCGAGCGGGAGGCGUAG